ACGUGCGGCCGCCAUCUUCCCGUCGCGAGCAGCUAGCGCCAGUCGGAGCCAGCGCGAGCCGCCGCUGCCACCGCCGUCCCUGCCGCUGCCAAAUCCUCUGCCCGCCGCCCCCCCGCCAUGUCGGCCACCGCUGCCACCGUCCCCCCUGCCGCUCCGGCUGGGGAGGGAGGCCCCCCCGCACCCCCUCCAAACCUCACCAGUAACCGAAGGCUGCAGCAGACCCAGGCCCAGGUGGAUGAGGUGGUGGACAUCAUGAGGGUGAACGUGGACAAGGUCCUUGAACGGGACCAGAAGCUGUCGGAGCUGGACGACCGCGCUGACGCUCUCCAGGCAGGGGCAUCCCAGUUUGAAACAAGUGCAGCCAAGCUCAAGCGCAAAUACUGGUGGAAAAAUCUCAAGAUGAUGAUCAUCUUGGGAGUGAUUUGCGCCAUCAUCCUCAUCAUCAUCAUCGUUUACUUCAGCUCUUAAACCCCCGAGGAGCCUGCCCUGCCCAGAGAAGGGCCUCUCCCCCAUCCCCAGCCGCUCCUUCACCUCUCAGCCAUAACUUCCAGUCCCCCCUCCCUGGAUCUGUGUGUGUGUGUGUGUGUGUGUGUGUGUGUCCCCGUGUGUGUGCCCCCGUGUGUGUGCCCCCUGUAAAUAGCCAGCUGUUAUUUAUACAUAUAUAAUAUGAUAUAUAUUUGGUCUGUUUGUAGUUUUAUUACUAGAAGAUUUUUCCGGUUGUCCUUAACACCCCUUCUUGAGGUUCCCAUCACCUUCUUUCUCUCCCUCCUUUCCUUUCCCUCACUUUCUGCCCAGCCCUAAAUCCCUUCAUUUGCAUCUGCUAUGCAAUAGCCCCACUUCCUCUCCUUCCCUUGGAUUUACUCAUCCUCCUUCCCACCCAGACCUUCCCCACGCUCACCCUGCUCCCCUCCCCCAGAUAAAAACAAAAAACCACUGUCCAGGCCUCCUUAGGUGCGUCUUUGCAUCACUGAAGGCUCUGUGGCUGGUCCCACUUGGUCCUAAGCAUCCCGAGAUCUGGGAGCUUCCGGCCUGUUAGUUAGCAUUCAUUCGCAUACUGACAUCCCUUUUGGUUUCCUUUUUUGUUCAUCACUCUUCCUUUCAACCUGUGUGUGUUUCUUUUUUUUUCUUUUUUACUGAGGAGUUCCCUUUGGUCCUGUAUCAACACUUUAAUUUGCAUGACGUUACCUGCAGGUGGUGAGGAGCCUGGAGUUUUGGGGAGUCAGGCUGUUCUGACACCCAGAAUCACCCUCUCCUAGCCCUCUAGUCCAGUUUGCUUCCCCUUUCCCCAUUUUCCAAACCUCUUGUCCCUCCUCCCCCUCCCUCCAGCUGGUGUGUAAGUGUCUUGGAGUUCGGUGUGUUUCGAUGGACCAAUAAUUCUGCCACUUGGAGUCUUUCCCCACAUUCCUGGUCCCCAGUUUUUGUGGGGGGCACUUAACUGACAUUCCCAUGGGAUUUCCUCCCUCCCAUCUGCCUGAUCUGCCUCCUCCUCCUCCCACCAGGAGAGUCCAGGGGUUGGCCACAAACUGAUCUCUCUGGGGAGAGGUGGCUACCACUAUGUGGGGAGGUCAUCACUGCCUGGGGGGGGGGAAUGGGGCAGGGCAGAGAAUCCCCCCCAGUUCCUGCCUGAAAUCUCCUUUGGCCCCACCCCUGAUAGGGUUUGGACUGAAACCCUCCUCCCCAAUUUGGGGGGAUUGUUUCCCCCCCUUACUGCCCAGCUCCUCUGACUGCCCCCCUGAAUUCGGGGUGGGGGUACAAGUCACUGCCAAUGGGACUUGCUGGAAGAUGGGAAUUCUUGCCCCUCUCCAGGGCUGUGGAGCCCAGAGAGAGCCGUUUCCUUAGGUAAACUGAUGGAGGAAGGGCCUCAUGUCUUUUUCAAUGGCACAAUUUUAGGGAUCUGAGGGUGCAGUCCCUUAACCUGCCACUGAAGGGGAUCCCCAAACUCUUGCCCCUCCCACAGUCUAGGUUUCUGUGUGGAGGGGGAGCAGGGACAUUAAGCUGUGGUAUGAAAGGGUAGGUAGAGAUGCUGGGGGUGGGGGUGCUGUUGUUCUAGACCCCCCAUAUUAUCCCAGUGUCCCCUGCCCCCUCUUCCCUCACCCCAUGCCCCCAAUUCUGUGGCGCAUCCAGAUUGUGAAAAUGUACAAUAAAUGUGUAAUGAGUACUACA